UAUAGGCCCCUUUGCGUCAAAAAAUUAGAUCAAAGGCGGGAGUAACACAUACCAGAAACUUCUGAAGGACGCAAGACAGGAAAUUUAGAUGACAGGUCCCGUACAUGUCACACCACUCAACCACCCCGAUCUUCAAAUUCCUCUUUCAUCCGAUCCUGGCGCUCUCUGCAACCCCCAAUGUCCAGCCAUAUUCGUCGUCUCUCUCUUGCUUGGAAGCUCUCUAAGCCAGCUCAGCCAGAGCCAGUUACAAGCACGGAGACGACUUCUGAGAACGCCUUACAGCACUUCUUGGAACGCACCAAGCGUCAUUACUUGUCUGAUAUCGAGGAGUCGCGGGAAAAUGCCAACGAGUGGCUCAUGGUAAUGGGAAACGAGGCAGGGGAUUUAGACAGUAUCGCGAGCUCAGUAGGCUUUGCGUGGCUCAGCUCUCUGUCCAACACUACCGUUCCAUACAUACAGAUCAACAAGGAGGACCUCGCCUUGCGUGCAGAAAAUUUGUACGCGUUGCAGCUCGCUGGUAUUGAUAAUCCUCAGGAACAGCUGCUACUCGCCAACAACCUCGCGUCAUAUACACCCUUCCCCUCUGCGCGAUUCGGUCUUGUCGACCACAAUCGCCUUGGCUCUUUAUUCGUUUCUGAUGCUGCACGUGUAGAAGCCGUCAUCGACCACCACGAAGACGAGCACUUGUACUUGGAUAUCGCUGACCCCAGAAUUGUCGCUCCCGCAGGCAGCUGUUCUUCCCAUGUCGCCAACCUUUGUCCGUUCAACCUCCCUCGAGAAAUCGCUACCCUUCUGCUAUGUGCCAUUCUCAUUGAUACGAACGGUCUGAAGCCCAGUGGAAAGGCCGUUCAGGCGGAUCGUGAUGCUGUUCUUCGCCUCCUUCCAUCAGCGCGUCUGGAGCUCCCAUCUUCGUUCUCUUCCGCUAGCACAGAUGGCCUUCAUGAUAUCCCAUCCAUUAUAUCCUUGAGCUCCGUACUUGCCACAAAAAAGGCCGACGUGUCUCAUUUGAGUGCUCGAGACCUACUUCGGAGAGACUAUAAGGAAUAUACAUAUACCCUUCAAUGGCAUCCCGACAAGCCCACUGUGAAAGUUGGUCUUUCGACGGUACCGUUACGGCUCAAGGAUUGGGGGAGCAAAGGAAAACUGUUUUGCGAGGGAGUGGGGUAUAUGCAGGCCCGGGGGCUGCAGGUCCUGGGUGUUUUGACGACGUUUAAAAAAACCAAGAAAAAUGGAAAAGAGAAGACAAAACAUUGCAGAGAGAUGGCAUGGAUCGUUUUGUCAGACACAGGUUUAGACAAAAGACUGUGGCAGGGCUUGGAGGAGGACCAAGAGAUCAGGGUCGAGAGACACAAGUUUAAGACGGGGAAGGUGGUGGGGGAGGCGAACGUCAAGGUGUAUAAGCAAGGAAACGCAGGUGCAACUCGAAAGACCACAGCACCGCUGCUGAAACGCAUUCUUGAAUCACCUUCAUGACUACUUUAAUUCAUGAUCUCUGCUCUGAUGGCGAGACGUGAAAAUAAAUUCCUAAGUACAAACCAAUUCAUGUCUCCUACACCACUACAGGCGAUGGAUAGAUAACUAGAAGCGUUUAAACAUCUGAGUCUGCUGCAGCUCUUCGAUUUUUUACAAAUCAUCCCGGGAUACCUAAGUCUUUGCACCGCUAUCAGGUCGUUCCAAUUCUGCACUUCGAAGAUGCACGGCAAUACCUUCCAAGUCUCGUU